GCAGAGUACAUUGGUAUCUGUUGAGCGCGUAGACCUUGGUUUCAAUGGCGGUGGAGAAUCCUCCACGUCUGCGAAACGCCGGCCAAGCAACGGCCACACAUCACAAGAGUGAUACAUUUUACAAUUCGUAUCGUAUUAUCUCUUGCAGACGCUUCAACCACUGUCCGCACUCUUUCAUUAAUCGACACUCCAGCAAUGGCUGAGAAUUUCAUGCGCGCAGUUCAAUACGAUGCUUAUGGCGGCGGACCUGCUGCUUUAAAGCAUAGUCAAGUUCCAGUUCCAAGUCCAGAGAAGGAUGAAGUAGUUGUAAAACUAGAGGCAGCAAGUAUUAAUCCUUUUGAUUGGAAAGUCCAGAAAGGGAUGUUAAGGCCAUUUCUUCCCCGCAAGUUCCCUUUUAUUCCUGGUACUGAUGUGGCUGGAGAGGUAGUAGCUGUUGGGGUGGGAGUAAAGAAGUUCAGAGCUGGUGAUAAAGUCUUAGCUAUGAUUAACCCCUUUAAUGGAGGUGGGUUGGCUGAAUUUUCGGCCGUAAAAGAGAGCAUAACAGCCCACAGACCACCAGAAGUCUCAGCUGCUGAAGCUGCAGGCUUACCUGUCGCCGGUCUAACCGCUCACCAAGCCCUCACACAUCUCGAUGAAGUCCCCGGACAGCAGCCAAACAUUCUGGUUACUGCAGCCUCAGGCGGGGUCGGGCACUAUGCCAUUCAACUGGCGAAGCUUCAAAAUGCUCAUGUAACAGCAACGUGUGGGAGUCGUAACAUCGAGCUCGUCCGAAAGUUAGGGGCAGAUGAGGUUCUUGACUACACGACACCGGAUGGUGCUGCUCUAAACAGCCCGUCGCAGCGUAAAUACGAUAUUGUUGUACAUUGUGCAACUGGGAUACCGUGGUCGAGGUUCGAGCCUAAUUUGAGUCCUACUGGGAAAGUGAUAGAUAUUACCCCUGGAAUUGGGACGUUGUUGACUUAUGGUCUUCAGAAGGUGAGCUUCUCAAAGAAGAAGUUGGUGCCUUUGCUACUAAAUCCUAAAGGAAAGGAUUUGGAACAUUUGGUUAAGUUAAUGAAAGAUGGGAAGCUCAAGACUGUGAUUGACUCGAAGCAUCCUUUAAGUGAGGCUCAAAGGGCUUGGGCUCGGAGUAUGGAGGGUCAUGCCACUGGCAAAAUUAUCGUCGAGCCUUAGGUUUAAAGGGUCAACCAGAGAUGUACUGUGAAUCAAUUCAAAUUAAAAAUUAGGAGCAGUCUUAUGACUCGAUAACUAGACCAAUCUGGAUUUAACGCAA